UUUCUUCUUUCUCCUCCGCCGUUAAAUACAAAACCCUUCCCCCGAAACCCUCGGAGCUCUUUCACAACCAUGACCGGCGCAUUGUUCAGAAACGCUGCCUCCGACGCCGCUCGGAUCUUACGUUCACACACGUUGAAUCCUGUCGGAAAGCUCGAUCUCUUACCACGUGGAGACAUCCGGAGAUUUCAGCCGAGACCUUAUUUUCGCACGCCACAGUUUCUCGGGAGAUCAAAGGAAGCCAGUGUCCUUUCUCAUUCACUGAUCUCUCGUUUAUGCUCUUCUUCCUCCACGACAGCCUCUACGGCGUCGUUUACCAAGGCGAGGUUCAUGGAAUGGUAUCUUGGUAUGUUGAAAACGCGUCCUGUUCUGACUAAAUCCGUCACGUGCUCGCUUAUUUACAUAGCCGCUGAUUUGACUUCACAGACAAUACCACAAGCUUCUUCAGAGUCUUAUGACUUGGUGAGAACAGCAAGAAUGGCUGGUUAUGGUUUAUUAAUCUUAGGUCCAACACUUCACUAUUGGUUCAAUCUUAUGUCAAGACUCUUCCCAAAGAGAGAUCUGAUCACAACGUUUAAGAAAAUGGCCAUGGCACAGACGGUUUAUGGUCCUACCAUGAGUGUUAUCUUCUUCUCGUUGAAUGCAGCCUUACAAGGUGAAAAUGGUACAGAGAUAAUUGCUAGAUUGAAAAGAGAUUUACUUCCAACGAUGAGGAACGGUGUUAUGUAUUGGCCUAUGUGUGAUUUUAUUACAUUCAAGUUCGUUCCAGUUCAUUUACAGCCACUUGUGAGUAACUCGUUUUCGUAUCUGUGGACAAUCUAUGUAACUUACAUGGCAGGGCGUGAGAAACCAACUCCCAUUGCAAGCUAAAAAAAACUCUGUUGCAAACACUUUUUACACGCUCAAAGGGAAGCAAAGCCUUCUUCAAUAUUCUUUGAUGAUUACCUCUCUAGAUUUCAGAGAGUAAAGUGUAAAAGAGUAUUAUCAAUGUUUGCUAGUAUUCUUAGAUUUAAACUCAGAUUGGAAGUUUAUACUUUUAUGUAGUAGUUAGUGAAAAAUGUAAGUUUCUUGGUUAGUGACAAUUAUUCAGACAAGUCUUAUUCAAGAAAUAUAACCG